AUGGCAUCCGUGGCAGUUUCUCCCAUUCCUUCGUCGCUCUCUUCCCCUAAUGGACUGAGUGCAUCGUCACCCGCAACGUCCGUAGAUGAGCUUGAUUCGGAACCUGCAGAGGAAACCAUUCACACGAUCAACCACCUUAUACAAGCUCGAGCCAAGGGACGUCAUGGCAACGAGCCUAUUGUCGCUUACCCAUUGUCGGGUACUGAGUACACAUACUACACCCCCAAACAGUUGGACACCCUGGUGGAAGCCGCGUCGGUCCACUAUUCAAAGGUCAUCCCACAGCGACAGUCUUCAGACGAGCCCGUACAGGUUGUAGGAUUGCUAGGUCCCUCCGACUUUGAGUACAUGAUCACCUUGCUGGCCAUUUCCCGUCUCGGUCACACCGUUCUUCUGCUAUCGACGCGCAUCGCCGAAGAUGCCUAUGUCAGCCUGAUCGAAAACACCAAGGCUGCCUUUCUCAUCACAUAUCCCAGCUUCCAGGCGGUAGGGGAGAGAGUGGCUUCACGGACAGCCAUUGUACAGCAGCCGGUAUUGGCGAGUGAGAACUACGAUUUCCCCGGCGCAGACACCCUCUCCUUGCCGCCAGCCCAGAUGGAUGGCAGCGUAGACGCAAAGCACAUCUGCUGGAUUAUCCACUCAAGCGGCUCCACCGGCCAUCCGAAGCCCAUCUAUCAGACGCAUGCCGGAGCCUUGAAGAACUAUGCCAACAACUUCGGCCUCCGGGGGUUCAUCACGCUACCGCUAUUUCACGCGCACGGCAUCAGCUGUCUCUUCCGAGCUAUACACUCACAGAAGUUGAUCUACCUUUACAAUGCGAAUCUGCCUCUGACAGCCCCGCAUCUACUGGCAACUCUCAAGAACCACCAAGAGAUUGAGAUCCUGUAUGCAGUCCCUUAUGCCCUGAAGUUGUUGUCCGAAUCCGACGAGGGCCUGCACAUGAUGGCCCGUCUGGAGCUGGUCAUGUUUGGAGGCUCGUCCUGCCCGAAACCCAUUGGAGAUAAACUGGUGCAGAACGGAGUGCGUUUGGUCUCCCACUACGGAACCACCGAGACCGGUCAACUGAUGACUUCCUUCCGCGAGCGGGAUGAUCUGGACUGGGACUAUGUUCGCCCGGGUCCAACCUUGUUGCCAUACUUGCGCUGGGAGGAACAUAUGUCGGGGAUUUACGAGCUGUGCGUCUUGGAAGGCUGGCCCUCUAAGGUCGCCAGCAACCGGCCCGACAACUCAUAUGCAACUAAGGAUCUCUUCGAGAAGCACCCGACUAAGCCCAACGCGUGGCGCUACUACGCCCGCUUGGACGAUACCCUGGUUCUGGAGAACGGCGAGAAGGCAAAUCCACUCAUUAUCGAGGGCGUGGCACGUAACGAUCCCAACGUUGCCGAAGCGAUUGCCUUUGGGGCCAACAAGCCUCGUCUCGGAUUGUUUCUCAUCCCAGCAACCAGUAGCCGGUGCCAGACAGAUGACCAACUGAUUGAGGCGGUCUUCCCGGCCAUCGAGCGCUGCAAUGCGGAAUUGCCGGCUUAUGCCUAUAUCUCCCGGGAUAUGAUCCAUGUUCUGCCCGCAGAUGCGCCCUAUCGAAAGACAGACAAAGGCACGGUCAUUCGUGCCGCCUUUUAUCGCGAUUAUCAAGACCAAAUUGACCAGAUCUACGAGGCCGAGGAUGCGAGUGGUGACCAGGUACUGGAGGGGGCCGAGCUGGAAGCAUUCCUCCGUGAGCAGCUACUGGAGGUCGCUCCCGGUAUUGAUGCCUCUACCUUGGGUGCAACCACCGACAUCUUCAGUCUGGGCGUGGAUAGUCUUCAGUCGAUUCGAUUG